GUCCAUCGUGACAACAGGGACCAGGUGUAAAGCCUCAGAAUAGAGUCCAGCACUAAACCCUCUAAGACCGGAGCCUGUUGUCAGUGAGUAAGCCUUCUAUAAAUCUGCACAUACACACUCACUCUUACUGGAACUGACACACAUAGUAGUUCAGUGACUGCUGUAUAAAGGUGCGUUUUGUCGCCGAGUUUAACGUAGUUUACAACACGCAGGAAACAAAACAUGGGGCAGUGUGGAUCAAGGAGUUCCGAUUUUAACGAGUUUGCGUCACUUACAACUAUAAAGUUGUGUGAAAAGCGCAUUUGGCAGGAGAAAUGGCGACCGGACGCCGGUCAGAAUGAAGCCGCCUUGGAGAGACGCCGGCGCGGCUGCAGCUGUCACGGAGACUGCCCUGGACUGGUUUUUGUGGCUGAUACAACUGGAGGGGUGUGGAUUGAUAAAACCGUCGCAAGGCAAAGGUGAAACUGUGAAUGUACAGUUGAUUUUUCAUAUUUCUUCCUGAAAUCCCUUCUGAGGAUUACUAAAUGAUGAACCGUUGUCAUUUUCACUCAGCGGAAGUUGGAUUGUCAGAUAUGCCAAGUAAUUUUUCUUCGGUUUUCAUUUGACAACAUUUCUUGACAGACUUUUUCAAGACAUUGUUUGCUUUAAGAGAUGUUUUUAAGCAUGUGUGCUGGUCAUAACUGCCAGUUCAUAGUCAUCUAUGUGGUCAGCUGAUGAACAAUGAAGAAAUCAUCAUACUUUGGGUCACAUGUCUCUUGGAAACAGUCUUAACUUUGAACUUUCAAUUAUUUAUUCAGUUUUAUUUAUUUAUUUAUGUUGAAGCAACUUGACUUCACAUUUUACUUGAAACUGAACCAUUUUUGUUUUCAUCCUUGAUGAACUUGACACGAUAUUCCAUGAAAGUGAUUGUUUUCUUUAAUCGUGGGAUAUUCAACUCUAAAUUUCAACAUGUACAUUAAUAGAUGUGUUUGUAGACAUGGACACCGUUCCAGGCAUUCUUAGCAUAUCAUUAGGGAGGUGUCCUGUGAUACUUUGACCCAUUAAUCAUACAGAGCUAUGAUAAGCGAGUUAUAAUACAUUACUGAGUAACGCAGGCACCCUCUAAUGUAAACUCACAUUUGCUAAGAGAACGCCGUGAGAAGUGUUUGUGUGAACAUCUGACAUUUCACAAUGGGACAUUCAGGAUCCAGGCACAAACCCGAAGCACGUAUACUCCUCCUAGGACUGGACAAUGCUGGGAAAUCGACUCUUCUUUACAAACUGAAAUACGAUGAGAACUUCCACACCGUUCCUACGAUCGGAUUCAACGUGGAGAUGAUCGAAGCCAAGAAGAACCGGGAUAAAAUCAGCCUGACCGUGUGGGACGUUGGAGGUCAGGCGAAGAUGCGAGCGUUCUGGAGGAACUUCUACCAGGACACGGCCGGAAUUGUGUUCGUCGUGGACUCGUCUGAUAUUAAACGUCUGGACGAGGCCAAGGGCGUCCUGGAGCAGUCCCUAAAAAGCGAGCACCUCAGGGGGCUCCCGGUGGUGGUUCUUGCCAACAAGCAGGAUAUUGUUGGAGCUGCAACGGUAACCGAGAUCACAGAGCAGUUUAACCUGAGAAAGAGCUGCAGUGACCGAGACUGGUUCAUUCAGCCGUGUUCGGCUCUGACCGGAGCGGGUCUGGUGGACGGUUUCAGACGAAUGGCACACCUGGUGAAAAUGACACCCGACGACAAUAACAUCAAAGAGACCGUCAAGUAUAUAAGAGCUAAAUCUGUUAUACAAAAGAAGUAGCGCUCAUGGUCACUUAUUAACCACUUUUAUUGUAGGCUCUGCUGUCCUGACUACAGUGGGAUGGUUCGUAAUUACAGUACGUGCAAUCCUGAAGUGGUCAAAACAUGCAAUAUGCUACCUUGACUUGCAAGAUAUUACUCAGAGAUUGAUUAAUAUAAUGACCAAGGCUGAGUGAGAUAGUUUAGUAAAGAGAAAUGUCUCUAUCCUACCAAAGUAACAUGUUUAUCUUGAGUUAUGACUGUACAGUACUAUUCAGGGUCAUGUGAAUGGAUUCAAUGAGAAACCGAGGGUGUGUUCACACUUGACAGGUUUGGUUUAUGUUUAUGAAUGGAUUAUGGUUGUAUUGUUCAUUUUAAGCAAAAUAUUGACCAACAGCUGACCCGGCACCACAAAACCAGUUUUAAGUUGGUAAUAAAAUGGGUAGAACUUAUGGAUUUAAGCCAAAAAUGAUUAGAAUACUUGGUAGCCCUACUGAAAAAUCCAGCUUAAACCAGCCUAGGCUGGUUGGCUGGUUUUAGCUGGUU